CAAUGGUGAUUGAUACCGUUCUGUCCAGUAUUUUAACGUCUUGUUUUGUGCUCCAAUACCGGUUUGGUACAACGUGAGGGUUGACUUUUUUGUUCUUUUAUGAGUAACUUUAAGAGUAUGCUAAUUACUGAUCGAUAUGAAAAUAUGUAUUUGACUUGCUCAUGUAUUUGAGGUCGCCGACUUUUGCCUUGUACAAUGCGCAUGUGCGGUUUCAUAGCAACAGUAAUAAACUUGCAGUACACCGGACACCAGAGCGUGAAUGUGAAGAUGUCAUCCCCACGGGAGCGCGAGGCAGCAGAAUACAUCAAAAAACACGAAAUUGUUGACCUAAUGGAUAAUUUAACUAGUAUGCUCUUCUUCUACAGACCAGAUCGUCCUAGGAAAUUUCUGAUUGACCAGCUUGAAAAGCUUAAAAUUUCCAAAGAUCAUCAAGGAAACACCCCGUGUCUUUUAAACGUAUCCAACCUAGACGCGCUGUUCGGAAUCCUGGAUCCUUCCAAUCAAGGCUGCAUCACUUAUGGUCAAUACAAAGAAGUACUAAAGACAAUUGGCAUUAAGAAUUUCAGCGCGUUCCCUGAUGGAGCCAGUGAAAACAAGAUAUCUCAGGAAACAUUCAUAAGAGAGGUGAUCUCUCUAAUUCUCUGUUUAGGACAAACAGCUUGUAAGAUGUGCAAGAACAUUCAAGCAGUAGAAGAACUCAACAACUAUUAAAAAAAGUUUUUCAAGUGUUAAAAGUGUUCUUUAAAGGAUUUUGUAUUGAUUCAUAUGAGAAGAGUAUAUUCAUAAAGAUGUAUUUAUGUUCGAUUAUUUUUACUAUUAACAAAUAAAUCAUGACAAAUAUUGCAAUGCUGCUUACACAUGCACAUGCAUUAUAUUGUAUAUUCCAUAACACUAUACCCAAGCAUUGCAGGAAACAAUCUGUAUUUUUACAUUUUGAAAAUACUGAUUGUGUGUUUUAUAGAAAAUUUUCCUUAUAGGGACCAUAAAAUAGUCCCCACACAUACUUGUACGGACAUUAAUAAGGAACACAAUGUGGAUGCAUUCACAAAUUCUGUGUUUGAAGGCAUACACAUAAAGAAAUAAACACACAAACACAUCAAUUUUUCUAGCAACUAAAGCUCGAUGUAAAUUUUACUUCGUGCCUAAUUUUUUAAACAUUAUAACAUUGUAGUGUUUUAGGUUAUAGGUGGUGUGUGGACACAGAAUAUUAAAACUCUCAACUCCCACCAAUCUGUAUAUUGGCGAGGGGGACAAUUGCAAACUUUGUCAUCAUGAACUAUUCUUAUGUUUGUUCAUACAAUAAAGUCAGAAGCCAUUGAAAUGUUAUGUAUGGACAAAAAUAAACACUUGAGAUCUUUUCUAAACAUCUUGUUUUGUUUUCCACAGAAAGUAAAUAGUACAAUUUAAUUGUCUGUAAUUAUAGCAUUGAGACAGAGAAGAUUAUUGUCAAAUAAUUUAUCCACAACGUGAAAAAUCUUGAUUCUUUACACUAUUUGUGUCUAUAUUUAAAAAAAGCUUGUUUGUUAUAGACUGAUAUCCCUGUCAAAUUACUACAACUGCAGUGAAUAUUAAUGAUUUGCUAAAAUAUUUUACCUACUUUUACACCAUUAAAAAAAAUAUGUGAGUUGUGACCAUUAAAUAUCUAAUAAGCACA